UCGAGUACUAGUAGCUUGACUGACCAGUGGGACCCAACCGUUCCCCUUCCAACUGCUUUGCUUUCGCGGUCGCAGCAGAUCUCUCAUCGAUGGCGGAGGAGAGGAAGCGAGUGCUCGUGGUGGGUGGCAGCGGCUACCUGGGCCAGCACCUCCUCGCCGUGCUGGCCUCCGGCGACGGCCGCUUCGACGUCGCCUUCACCCACCACCGCGAGGCCCCGCCGCAGACACUCCUCGACGCGCUCCCCUCCCUUCGCGCCUUCCGCGCCGACCUCCGCUCCGGCGACGGACUCAGCGCCAUCUCCACGUCAUUCGGCCAGCCACAUGUAAUUGUGAACUGCGCCGCAAUCUCAGUUCCUCGGGCAUGUGAAAUGGAUCCAGCUGCUGCUAUGGCUACCAAUGUACCUUCUUCACUUGUCAAUUGGUUGCUAAGCUUUGGGAAUGUCAACUCUCUAUUGAUUCAUCUCUCUACAGAUCAAGUUUAUGAGGGGGUGAAAUCAUUCUACAAAGAAGAGGAUGAGACUUUGCCGGUGAACAUGUACGGAAAAUCUAAAGUUGCUGCAGAGAAGUUCAUUGUUGAAAAAUGCUCAAACUAUGCAAUCUUGAGAAGCAGUAUUAUUUAUGGGCCACAAACGAUAACUCCUGUGACAAAAUCUCUUCCCGUUCAGUGGAUGGAUGGUGUUCUUUCACAAGGCCAACAAGUUGAGUUCUUUAAUGAUGAAUUCCGCUGCCCUGUUUAUGUCAAAGAUAUGGUGGAUGUAAUACUGUCUUUAACAAAAACUUGGUUAUCAGAUGGUAAAAAAAUUCAGGUACUUCUGAAUGUCGGUGGACCGGAUAGGGUAUCAAGACUGCAGAUGGCUGAAGCUGUUGCUGGUGUUCGUGGAUACAACCACACUAUAAUUAAAUCUGUGUCUGCAUCAUCGGUUGACCGGGGGGUAGCUUCUCCAUCAGAUAUAUCCAUGGAUAUCACCAAACUAGCUCAGAUGCUUGGUAUCAAGCCAAUCUCAUUUCAAGAUGGAGUCAGAGCUACACUUGAUGCACAAGCCAGUACAUGAUACUUCCAUAACGGUUUGCUCGAGUUCCUAAGAGAGCUGUUUGAAUCGAAAUUCGGAAGUGUGAUAUAAAGAACCAUAUUUAGUUUGCAAAAUUGCAGCAAUGGUAAAUUCUGCUGAGUCUAUGUGAAAGAUGUAACUUUGUACUCAUCAAACACCAAUGUCAUCGAUAUUAAUGCUUGGUUGUACCAUUCUGAAUAAAAAAAAUGGCAUUCAUUUAUAUUUAUUUUUCAGAAGUCUGUAACUUUAUUGUACCAUGUAUACUGUUAUGAGUUACCAUUAAUGAAGAAUCUCUAACCUCGUGUAA